AAUACGAGAAGCCUAAAUUCAGCGCAGGCUCAAAAUGACAGCUCUAUACUGUUGGCAUGUGUGUGCCCUUGCAGUCCCUGGAUGCUCUCUCCAUAAGUAAGACCGGUGAGCUUCUUCUUGCAUACCCCUCUACCUCCAGCACCACCGCAGGCAGCGGUAGACGCAGGGUGGGAGCGCCACCACGUACAAGGGCAGAGGAAGGCGACCAUCGACGCGAGACGCAGGACAUAUCCAAGAUGAGUGAUCUAUGUGAAUGCUGCCAGAUCAAGCUUAAGUUUCUAAGGCAAAUCAAUGGCGACUUCAUGCACGGCCUGGUCAUACCGGAGUGGUUUGUGAACCAAUUUGAAGGAAAGGUCUGGAUAACCGUCAAACUAGAGUCCCCUAAUGGUAACGUCUAUGAUGUUGGAGUUACCGAGAAUAUGAACCGAACAAUUUUGAAGUCUGGAUGGGCAUCAUUCGUUGAUGCCAAUAAAAUAGAAGAAAAUUAUUCAUUGAUGUUUCGUUACCUUGGAAACGCCCGCUUCAAGGUUACAAUAUUCGAUUCCAGUGGUAAGCAGAAAGCGUCGUGCUGUGCAAGGAUGGGAACUGCUUCCGAUGUUAGAAAGCCAAGCACAUUUGAUGUUGAUAAUUCUAGUAGUUCUCUUGGUGGGACUACUCGGUCUUCACCAAGCGAAAGAUCAGACUCUGAUGAAAGCCAAAAGGAAAGCUCGUACGGUUAUAAAAAAUCAGCAAAGAAGGCUGCAAUAUCAGAUUCUUCUGAGGAAUUAUCAGCUGAAGACAGUCUAUCUAGAGACAAUUUGGUGGAGUCAUAUGAUGUACGGGUGCAUUUGAAUGAUUAUGUCUUAUCAGGGAAAUGUGAUCUUACAGUAGCACAGGAGGCAAAAAUACAAGCACUUGUAGAGAAAAUUCGAUCUGAAAUCCCGGUGCUUGUUGUACAGAUGAAGAAGACCAGUGCAAACUUUGGUAAUCUGAUAAUACGUAAGGAGUACGCACUCAAAUACUUCCCAUGUGAAGCUACAAAUAUCAUACUUCAGCUACCUAGGAAGAACAAGGAAUGGAAGUGCAGAUUUAAUCCAGGUCGGCGCAACCUUUAUUUGGGCUACUUUGUCCAUGACAACUGUGUUCAAGAGGGAGAUAUCUGCCUCUUUCAGCCAAUAGCAAAGGUUAAGGAAGGAAGAUUUACCAUAAUUGUCCAUCUUCUUCACAAAGAGAGCGUUCGUCGUUCCCCUGGUGGAACAGCAGGGAUGACACACAUGGCUACCGACAGAAGAACAAGCGCAAAUACGUCCUUAACAGCCCGUGUUAAGGAGGAACCAGCCACCGAUGAUAUAUCAUCAUUGGGGCCUGAAGAGGAUGUAGACAAUUCUGAGGGAGCUUCUGAGACCCUCUUCGUACUGCCAGAAAGAGCCUCUAUAACGCCAGCACAGGAGCAAAAAGUGCGGGAGAAAGUAGAAACCAUUGAGUCGACAGUACCAGUUUACGUCGCGAUCCUGAACAAGUGCAAUGUUUCUCGCAAAUACGGCAUCAUGAUAACCAUGGGCAAGCAGUACGCGUCAAGGUAUCUCGAAAAACAGUACUUCACCGGGCAUCGCGGAAAGAAAAAUGUGAUCAGUCUGGUGCUUCAACGGGAGGGGAAGAGUAGGACGUGGGACACGGAGCUGCGACGCGCGAGUGAUCGCAUGAGGAUCUGUAAAGGAUGGGUGGCUUUCGUCCGUGGCAACCGCCUGCGGGUGGGUGACAUCUGCCUCUUCAAGUUGAUGGAGAGCGAGCUGCUGAAGAUGAUUGUUUACAUCAUUCGCCGUGAGAAGUGCUUAGAUUGAGGCAUGGUUGGGCUCUUGCUACUUGGAUUAUUUUCAAAUGAUUCUCAGAGGAAGGAACUUGUUUAUUUAUCUACUGUCAGAGGUCAUCUUAAUGGCUUACUAGUUCUGUUAUCUAGACUUUUAAAUGACCUUGGAUGGUCAGGUUUGAACGACUAA